AUGACCGCCUUCACGACCUCUGCCAAUGGAGAUUCUGUCACCUCUGCGUCGCCACUGCGCGUGCCGAUCAUGACCUUCAUUGCGGGCAUUGGCGACAACGUGCGCAAGGAGUUCGCGGCCUCCGACUCGCCAGCAGGUGAACUCUACCGCUCUGGGAAGCUCGAGCUCAUCGACAUCCCGCUGCCGCAGCUCGUGGGCAACAAGCAGGACCCGCUGCACGGCCCCAGCAUGGAGGACCCGGGCCGCCCCAUCUGGAACCUCUCGCCGGAGCAGCAGCGCAUCGUCGAGCAGGCGACCAUCGUCAUGAUCGACUCGCACGGCGGAGGCCCCGUCUUCCUGGCCCCCAAGGAGAACCUGCCCGAGGACAAGCAGCACAUCCUGAGCAACGUCAAGUGGGUGCAGGCCACCUACGCCGGCGUCGAGAUGUACCUGAACCUGUUGCCCAAGGGCCCCAACGCCCUCACGGCCGAUCAGCUGCCCAAGUUCACGCUCACUCGCGCCGGCGGCAUGAUGCCGCGCAUCAUGGCCCAGUACGUGUUGGGCUACCUCACUAUGAUUGAGCGCAAGCUGCUGGAGGCCAAGGAGUUCCAGAGCAAGCGUGACUACGCGCGUGUCGAGAUGAUCAGCUUCCGUCCUGCGCAGUCGGUCACAGUCGGAAUCCUCGGACUGGGGGACAUCGGCCAGUACACGGGCAAGAUGCUGCGCGCCUGCGGCUACAAGGUGGUCGGCUUCAAGCGCCACGUGAGCGCGCAGGACGUGGCAGAGCUUGCAGAGUGCGCGGAUCACGUCACCACGAGCCUGGAAGAAGUAUUGGCCAAGAGCGACUAUCUGAUCAACCUUCUGCCAAGCACGAGCGCCACGCGGUACGUGCUGAACGAGACCAACCUGGAGCUCUGUCGCGAGCGCAGCCCCGUGUUCAUCAACAUUGGCCGUGGCGAUGUCAUCUCGGAGAAGACGCUGGUCGACGCGCUGAACAAGGGCACGCUGUCGCGGGCGGUGCUGGAUGUGUUCGAGCAGGAGCCGCUCCCGAAGGAGAGCGAACUGUGGGAGCACCCGGCGGUGCUGCUCACGCCGCACGUGUCGGGCAAGGUCUUCCCCGAGGACGUGGCCGUAAAGUUCCUCGAAAACUUCAACCGCUACCUCAAGGGUGAGCCGCUGGCCUACGAGGUGGACUGGACCAAGGGCUACUAA